UAACCAGCUGCAGAUCAAAAGAGUUUUGAAAUAUAUUUUUGUUGUACAAUUGAUUUAAAAUAUGUCAAUUUCUUUACAAUAUUUAAGAAAUGAUGUCUGGUUAAAUAUGCGCAGAAGUGCUAUAGCUGCCAGUGGGCGACUUGAUGGCUGUAUUUUAAAGAGAAUUUCGAAAUGCUUGCUUAUAGCAGAAAACCCAUUUUAUUCAAACGUCACCAACGUUAUGUAUAGACAAACUGUAAACCCAGAUGUCCAACAUUUGAUGAAUGACAGUUUUGAAGAUGAAGAAGACUUCUAUAAAUUUACAAAGAACAACAAAAAAAAAUUUUUGUUUGCAUAUUUUAACGCAAAGAUGUUUUUGGUAAUCUUACAACAUUUAGCAAUGUGGAUAUGUCAUUUCUUGUGGAUUUUCAAUACAAAACUGUCAUAUUUAGCCUUACGAAAACCAGACAUCCACACAGCAAGUUGCCUUUGUAUGCAUUGGAUGGCCAAAACGAAGUGUAGAGAUAUGACUUACUAUAUUAAAAGUUUAAUCUUUGGUGUAAGGAUUUUAUCUUUGAACAUUGUUUAUAUUAUCCUAUCGCUGUAUGAGUUAGUUUUUAGCUUUUUACUUGUAUUUAAUAGAUUUAUGUAUGUGUGCCUGUGUUCCGGACUACAAUAAAUUUG